AUGCUCGGGCUAAGCGACGGCAGUUCCAGGUCCUUCAGGGUGCUGCCUCUUGUCUUGGCGGUGAUUUUGCUGAAUAGCCCAGCUCCAGUGGUUUUCGGAUUGAAAACUACACAGGGUUCACCCUGCACCGAUGUGUGCGGCACAAUAACCAACACCACCUCUUCCGAGAUUACGUGUGUGGAUCAGUCGUACAAUCGAACAUCAGUAGGUGAACGUUUCAAAAACUGUGUCUCCUGCCAGUUGGACAGCAAGUUCAACGACGAGGACACUGGAGAGUCGGAUGUGAACUGGGGACUCUAUAACCUGCGCUACGCCUUUUCAACCUGUGUGUUUGGAUCACCAGACUCAAUUUCAAACCUCUCGUCACCAUGCCCAGUUGCAUGCGACGGCGUGCGUGUAGCAGUUGAAACCAACAUUGAAGACCCAGACACGUCGAAUUUGGACUCGUGGUGUGACGCCCCAUCGUUCGCAGAUAACGUUGUCAACACCUGCGAGUUCUGCUACAACUUGACAACCUCUCAAGUUUACAUGGCAAACUUCCUCGAGUCCAUCCGCUACAACUGCCAUUUUAAGACAGUAACUGGCAAGACCUUCGACAUAGCUCCAACAAGAAUCUUCACCCAAUCCCUCCUCCCCUCAAGCCUCUCUCUCACAACACCCUUUUCGAAAAUCUCAAAGCUGGAUCUGGCAGUGGUGAUUGCCGUGCCCGUUAUAGGAUUCCUAAUCCUUGUCGUGAUGAUAGCGACAUGUUGCUUCUUCUUCUUCCGAUAUAAACGCAAGAAGGCCCAUCGGAGCCGCCAGGCGGCGAAUCCAUACAAUCAUUGGAAUGGUGCAUUGCCGACCAGCGUGCAGCAGCAGCAAGCCUGGGCUGAGCAACAGAUGUACAACCCCGGCGGGUAUGGGCAAGGGGCAGGCUUCGGGUUUGUUGAUAAUGAUGGCCGUGGACAGGAGCUUGCGUAUGGCCAUGGCCAAGACCAACAGUACCAGCAGCACUUCCAGGGUCACGAUAAGCCCGGCUUCUCACAGGAGAUUAUUGAGGAGUCUGCUCAACAGCCGCAGCAGGAACUUGCUCAGGGUCCUGGUCACACUCACACGUUUGAGCAGAAUCAGAAGGGCCAACAUCCUGAGGCUCCUGCUCACCCUCAGGUCUUGGAACCGGAUCGAAAGGACCCUCAGCAGUGGCAGUGA